GUAUAGAAAUCUCGCAUAUAUCUAAACGCAGUGGAUCCUGGCGUGCUAUAUCGAGAUUAGCACACGUAAAAGGGCCCUGGUAAACUGCGAUAUAGAUGGGAAGUUGACUCCACUGGCAUAUACAAUGUGGCAGAUGAAAGUAUGGCCUUAUCGGGCCGAUAAGCAUAUCAGAUGCAGGUUGACAACCCGGAGGCAUCAGCCAAUCAAGGCCCGGGGAAUGCAUCCCACUUUCUCGAUCCGACUGACUAAGAAACUGAUGGAUAUUGACAUGGAACGCUGUCUGGCUCUUUACGAAUGGCGAUUUCCUGUCGUUGAAUCCUCUGGUCCUGAGAAUCUGUCGGCGACUAUUGACGGUCCGUUUCUCUGACUUCAACUGAGCCCUUGGAGUCUUUCAUCUCCACUCUUCCAUCAUGUCCACAGACUCUCUAGUCCCCGAGACCCGGGUCCUUGCCAUUGCAAGCCAUGUUGUCUAUGGUUAUGUCGGAAACAAAAUGGCAACGCUGGUCAUGCAACUACUGGGCUGUGAUGUUGCCGCGUUGAAUACCGUCCAUUUCAGCAACCAUACUGGCUACAGGCAAUUCAAAGGCACCAGGGCAACCGCCGAGCAGAUUACUGAACUCUAUGAGGGCCUAUGCCAGAGCCAUCUAACGGAUUUUGAUGUCAUGCUGUCCGGCUAUGCGCCCAGCGCCGCAGCCGUCGAGGCUGUAGGAGCCAUCGGCAUGGAUCUGCAGCGCAAGGCUGAAAAGAACCCCGGCUCUUUCUUCUGGGUCCUGGACCCGGUAAUGGGCGACCAGGGCCGCCUAUACGUUAGCAAUGACGUGGUACCAGCCUAUAAGACGAUCAUCCACCACGCGGACCUGAUUCUCCCCAAUCAGUUCGAAGCCGAAACCCUAUCGGGAAUCAAAAUCACCUCUCUCAGCACGCUAGCCGAAGCCAUCACCGCCAUCCACGCCACCUACAACGUCCCCCACAUAAUCAUCACUUCCGUCGACCUGUCCAGGUUCACCCAAUCACCCUCAUCGCAGACCACUACCCCACCAGACAGCCUGACCGUCAUCGGCUCAACAACCCGCUCCGACGGGUCCCCUCGUCUCUUCCGCAUCGACGUCCCAGCCCUGGACUGCUACUUCAGCGGCACAGGUGACAUGUUUGCUGCGCUCAUCGUCGCCCGCCUCCGGGAAGCCGUCUUCGCCGCGGACCCCCAGCUCCGGACGACAAAGUCCUGGGUGUCCCCCGACGAGGUCAAGGCCACGGACCUCCCUCUGGCGCGAGCGACCGUCCAGGUUCUGGCGAGCAUGCACAGCGUGCUCGAGAAGACGAUGGAGGCGCGCGAUGCGGAGCUCCGGGCGGCUGAUACCCGGGGCGAUGAGGUGCUUAGUGAAGAGGAGAGGCUGAAGCGGGAGCAUCUGCGCAAGAGUAAAGCAGCUGAGGUGAGAUUGGUGAGGAACGUGCAGUACCUGCGUGAGCCGACGGUGGUGUUCCAGGCGCAGGAGUGGAGGAAGGAAGAUUUACCGGCGGGAAGCCAAUAGACCACUGUGCUGUCUAUGUAACGUACGAUAGAUAAGAACUAGAUGAUAAAUAUGUACGGCUAGCAUACAUACUGCA